CCGCCAUCGUCGAGGUCAUAGCACGAAAGGACAUCUGCGGUAGCCUUCGGUGUCUCGAAAAGGCUCGAAGUAAGGCGACCACAUCUCGCACGAGUCAAGCGAAAGCAAACGGAACUUUUAAGCAAAUUGAAGCCCACCCUCGAGGACUACAUCCUAGAGAUGGAGACCCGGCCACCCGAUAGUGGUCAGGUCACCGAAAAGGACGUGUGGGCCCAACUGCACCAGAAGGAAGCCGAUCUACUGCUGGCCGCCGAGCUCGGUAAAGCGCUGCUGGAGAAGAACGAGGAGCUCAAGAAAAACCAGGACAAACUGAUCGAUGACUACUCGACGAAGGUUGAGAACUUGGAGCAAGAAAAGUACAUCCUGAAGCGGCAGUUGGAGAUCAGUUCGAGCGAAAAUGAAGCGAUCAUACUGGAGCUGCAGGGCGAUAUCAAGCAGUUCAAGCAGAAGCUGGAAGCACAGGAACAAAUCAUGCGUCAGAUGGAGCGUGAAAAGAACAUGCUGAUCGAGGAGUUGACGGCGCAAAAUACGCGACUUUCGAAUGAACUGCAGAAGUCGAACAUUGCCGAGCUGCAGUUGACGGCACAGCUGCAGGAGAUCAAGGAGCAGUGCAAUCGGCGUACGCUCAGCAUCCAGGAUCACGUCAGUAGCCUCGAGAGUCUUAAGAACGAGCUGCGGAUGAUUCUCGACAAGAAGAACGAGCUCGAGAAUCGGCUGCACAUGACGGUGAACGAACGCGAGAACCUCUCGAUCGCACUGAAUGAAGCAUCCGAAAGGAUACACAUCCUUGAGCGGAGCACUAAAGAGCAGGACACGAAGUACCAGAUGACGGUGCAGACGCUUGAUCGAUUGGAGCGAGAAAAUGGCACGCUCAGUGAGCGAUUGGAAUCAUUUGAUUCCCAGCGAUCACUGCACGGUGAGCUGCAUCAUCAUUCCUCGCUACUACAGGAGAUGAACGGUGAAGAUGAGAGCACUGUACCGAAGGACGAAGCCAGCCAGCUCAUCCUUAAGGAGGCCCAUUCGGUGUACAAGCAGUUGAAGACACUCUGCCAGAAUCUACGCAGCACGCAUCACGAUGAUGAUUCAGGUCUUCACUCGGACAUGUCCUUCUCUUCGCUGGAUAACACGAUGGCUUCAGUGUCGAUGGCAGUGCCACAUUCGGUGACGGAAGCAACCAGCGCCAGUAUGACGGUGAAUGAUAAAUUCAUCCGAGGCAUGUUGUCAGCAACGGCGGACGAACUUGUGCACAUCAUCAUGAACCUGGACGCGUUGCAGUUCAAGACGAUGUUCGAGCAGACACGAUCGAUGUUGAUCGAGCAGGAAGAGGAGAUGAAGAAGAAAAACGACGUCAUCAUGCAGCUGGAGAGUAAACUGUCGGUGCGUGAGGUUGAACUGCAGAGUACGAUCGAGGAGCGUAAUCAGGCUCGUGAGGAUGCAUCCCAUUCGAGCCUGGCGCAGGAUGAAACGGUGGUGCAAGCUCGCAAAGAUCGCGAUGCGGCAAUCGAGCGACGUACAAAGGCCGAGAUUGAGCUAGCCAAAAAUCGGGUGGAGCUGAUGCAAGCCAACAGUCAGCUACUGGAAGCGAUCCAGCAGAAGGUCGAACUGCUGCAGCAACUCGAACAGUGGCAGAUCGACAUGCACGAGCUGAUCGAGGAGCAGAUGAAGAACAAGCUGAUCGAGUCUAGUACAAAGCCACAACACCAGCAGCAACAGCAACAGUCCCAACAGCAGUCCGGUGCGUCUAACCGUAAGAGUCGGCUGCUUGAUCUGUUUUACCACCGAUGAAAGCUAUGUCGACGAUGUCGACGAUGUCGACGCUAUCGACCGUUUCCGAUCGCUCCGGUCGGUGAAGCAUCCAACCGAAUGUUAAAGUUCACUGAUGCAUUUAACCUAUGAAGCAUGCGCGCGAUCCAUCGGAAGCAUAAUUGAGGAAAUGUGCCUCGUGUUCGAAACAACCACCUGUUGUUCGGGUUCUUCGGAGGAUCGUAACAAUCGUAGUUGUCGACCAUAACUGCCUCGCCUUUGCAUGUUCUUCGAAGGUCGACUUCGAUUAGAUCCCGAAUCCGAUCCUGAAGUUCUGCUGUUGCUUUGUGGACUUAAACUCUCACAAAGUAACAGAGCUCGCGUGUGUGGUUCGGUACUUGUUUCCUUUUUCUUCCCUGGACACUUCGGCAGUUGGGCAGUACGAUGGGCUAGAGUUAGUUUACUUAAUUUUAUUCCUUCUGCAUAGAACCCGAUAUUCUUAAUUUGAAUCCUUAAUUAAUCCAUAUGCGUCGCUAACCAAAUCUUAUCGUUAACGUUUCGUGAGGCCCGUGAGAAGCUCUAGCGCUCGGUAUUUGUGCGUGCAGGUUUUAAUUUUCAUUGCAAGUUGUUAGCAAACACAGCUGCGCAAAUGUGAUAGAAAAUGAGAAACGAAACUGUGCACGUGUCGAACAGAGGAAGGUGAACAGAGAAAAGCGGUCAGCUGACUAACGUGGAGAGAAAACAAAAAAAACGGUGGCCUUUUCGUUCAAACGCAAGUGAUAUACACUGAGCUGCUUUAUUACGGGAUAACAGUGAGAGUUACUAAAGAAUACAUGAACGUAAGCUGAGUAGAAUAAACAACCCUAGAACGUGAAAGCUGUUCCCUAUCCAAUCGGGAAUGGGAUGAAACGAGUAGGGUAAAGCUAUUUUUUGUACGAAUGGAGAGCUGCCUUUAUCGACGGGCAAACGAUGAGGCAACCGAGCGAAGCAAGACAAUGAUUAAUAUUUUGUAUAUACUCGUAAUACAGCUA